UUUAAAUUUCUCAACGUAUCAGUUUAUUUCAACGUUCGAAAGUUUUGUCUUGAUACUUCCUAGACGAAAUCUUUCAAAAGUCAUUCUCAAAUAAAAUGGCGUCGUUGUCGAGUCUAUUGCCUGCGCCUACACAGCAGGUGUGGGAUCGUGAUGAUGAGAGGAAAGCCAAGCGUGUUGGUAGUGCCUUAGUAGUAUCACAGACCAGUGUGCCUCCAUAUGGACAGAGGAAAGGAUGGGUUCCCAGAGCAGAGGAGGACUUUGGAGAUGGAGGAGCCUUCCCAGAGAUCCAUGUGGCUCAGUACCCGCUGGGCAUGGGUGCCCGAGGCAAGGAGAGCACUUCCAAUGCCUUAGCCGUCCAGUUAGAUGAGUCGGGGAGAGUUAAAUACUCGGCUAUUGCUAGACAAGGCCAUAGUGCAGAUAAGAUAAUAUACUCAAAACUAACAGACUUGUUGCCUUCGGAAGUACUAGCGGAAGAUGACCCGACACUCCAGAAACCUGAUGAUGAAGACAUUCAGGAUAUCACAGAAAAGACAAAGCUAGCUUUAGAAAAACUGACCAAUGCUAAAAUAUCCGCCGCUAUGCCUGUUAAAGCUGCUCCCAAAGCUGCUCCGGCACAAUACAUCAGAUACACGCCGGCGCAGCAAGGAGGACAGUUCAAUUCUGGGGCUAAGCAGAGAGUUAUCAGAAUGGUAGAAGCCCAGUCGGACCCGAUGGAGCCGCCCCGGUUCCAGAUAAACAAGAAGAUCCCCCGCGCGGCGCCGUCCCCCCCGGCCCCCGUGCUGCACUCCCCCCCGCGACGGGUGUCCGUCAAGCAACAGAGAGACUGGAAGGUACCACCUUGUGUGUCACACUGGAAGAACGCUAAAGGUUACACAAUACCUCUAGACAAGCGUCUAGCAGCGGACGGGAGAGGGUUACAACAAGUACACAUCAAUGAAAACUUCUCAAAAUUAGCUGAAGCGCUUUACAUCGCUGACAGAAAGGCGCGAGAGGCCGUGGAGGCGCGCGCGCAACUUGAGAGGAGAUUAGCGCAGAGGGAAAAGGAGAAGAAAGAAGAACAUCUUAGGAUGUUGGCUCAGAGGGCUAGGGAUCAUAGAGCUGGUAUUCGAGCGCCAGACGAGGACCCGGAGAGUAAUGAGGUGGACGAGAGCGGUCUGACUGCCGCCGAGAGAGACAAGCUCCGAGCUGAUAGGCACAAGGAGAGACAGAGGGACAGGAACCUGGCCAGGGCGGCGCCUGAUAAGAGAUCGAAACUAGUAAAGGACCGGGAACGUGAUAUUUCUGAACAGAUCGCCCUCGGCCUGCCCGCGAAGUCGAACCAGGGCGGCGAGGCUAUGUUCGACCAGAGACUGUUCAAUAAUAGCAAAGGAAUGGACAGCGGUUACGGCGACGACGAGGCGUACAACGUGUAUGACAAGCCGUGGCGCAACCAGGACAACGUGGGCGCGCACAUCUACCGUCCCUCCAGGAACGCUGACAAAGACAACUACGGCGGAGACAUUGAUGCUAUUGUUAAUACUCGCAGAUUCGUAGCCGACAAAGAGUUUGCGGGAACGAGCAGUAGUAACAGUCGCGCUGGGCCGGUGCAGUUCGAGAAGGAUGCACCCUCUAGUAGAGACGAACCUUCCCAGUCGCGCAGUAACCAGCCGGACGCGGACUUCGACCCGUUCGGUCUGGAUCGGUUCUUGAGUGAAGCCAAGCGAGCCGACAAAUCGGGCCGGAAGCGAGACCACCACGACCGACACGAUCAACACGGGAAGAAGAGGAGGGAUUAGUUGUACGGACGCUGUAUAUAAGCAUUAACACGCUAGUUUUAAUAUUUUCAAAUAGCAAUAAGACUAGGAAUGAUUUUGUAUUGUACAAACAUUCUAUUGAGGUUUUAUGUAUGUAACUGUACCCUUAGUACAAGUUUGUUUUACGUUUAAUGAAAUGGCGAGAGUCUCCGUUCGGCGCUCUGAUUGGUUGCUCCAUUCGUACCGGCCAAUCACGAUGCCGAAUGCCGAAUUCGCUUCGUUUAACGUAAAGCAAACUCAUACUAAGUCUACUGUAUUAGUUGUGGUCGUGUUUUGACAAGUUUGUUGGUACUUUGUGUGUUAGAAACGCACAAAUUCAAUUUAUGUAAUUGUUGGGGAUGUCAAUUACUAAUUAAUGCAUGAAAUUAUUCCAUAAAAAGCAGGCAAAAUUGAAACUUUUAACCUAGGUGUAUGAAUGUGUUGGAAGCUAAAGAAGUAUGUAAAGGUGCGUAGUUGCUAGUGCUGUGUAGUUUCAGCGUACCUCUGAGCAACGAAGACAUUAAAUUUUGGAACUUGCACUUUACUUUUUUAUUCCAAACACAAUGUAAAAUAUUUUACUUCUUGUCAAUUUGGUAAUGUAACCAACUUGGUUGUCGGUAACCAAAUUAAUCAACCCUAUUGGUAGUUUUGGUACGGUUAACACGGUUGCGCAACUAUGAGCUCCUAAUAAGGGGUGAUUUUUCCAACACCCGAUAACUUUGGAGGAUUAAUUUUGGAUUUAUUUGUUGUUCCAUACAAAAACAGUAUCAGUACAGUCAGGUAUUAAUUUUAUUCUGUCCAUUGAAAAAUUAGGACCCUUAAAAUCUAGUCUAGAUAAUUGAAGACCUAGAGACAAGAAAAGCAAUAUUUCUGGACCAAGAUGUAUAUAGAGCAGCAAUGUUUAACUAUAAGCUCUUCCUUAUAAAAUUCUCAAAAUAUGACCACAUUUCUAGUUACUCUGUAUGUAAUUAAGCAAGCUUUAUGUUAUAAAUAAAAUUUGGUUGUAAUUA